UCUACAGACGAUUAAAUUCUCCCUGUGAUGUCUGAAAAUAAUAGUGAGGGUGGGAGUUAUUUUAUUUGUAUCGAAAUAAAUGGUGCUUCGUAUAAAAUACAUAUGAGUUUACGAGGAAUAUGUCCAGUUUGAAAAUUGUGUAGAAGCAUGUAUGUGAGCUAGCACUAGCAUGUUGGAAACCAGAUCUAUUCGUGGUAUGCCAGAACCUUCAUGGCAAUCUAGGUCUAAUUACCGAGUAAACUUACCUCCUCAUCAAAUGGCAACACCAAAUGUUAGACAUGGCAAGACUGCUCAAGAUGACAUAUGCUACGUCGUGGCAAAGUACGACUACGAACACCAGGGACCGCAGGAGCUCGAUCUACGAAAGAACGACCGGUACGUGCUGCUCGACGACUCGAAGCACUGGUGGAAGGUGCAAAACAACCGCAACCAGUCCGGCUACGUUCCCAGUAACUACGUCAAAAAGGAGAAGCCCUCGCUCUUUGACAGUAUUAAAAAGAAGGUAAAAAAAGGAUCUGGCUCAAAGACUUUGCCGUCAAAUAAUUCUCCGUCACGUAACAUUGAAUCUCCCAGUAUGGCACGCAGACAAGCGGCCGACCCUUCGGAAGCCAUCGGUAUGGCGGUUGUCAAGUACAAUUACCAAGCUCAGCAACCCGAUGAACUUUCAUUGGUUAAAGGCACAAGAAUAUUGAUCUUGGAAAAAAGCAAUGACGGUUGGUGGAGGGGACAAAGCGGUACGGUAGCCGGGUGGUUCCCCUCGAACUACACACAGGAAGAAGGUGAUGCUGACGAGCAGCUGCACACAUACGCCAUGGCCGAAAACGUUCUCGACAUUGUGGUGGCGCUCUAUUCAUUCACAUCCUCCAACGACCAAGAAUUGUCGUUCGAGAAAGGCGAUCGUUUAGAAAUCCUUGACAGGCCUCCUACCGAUCCAGAAUGGUACAAGGCAAGAAACGCCCAGGGUCAAAUAGGUCUGGUGCCCCGCAACUACCUACAGGAAUUGUCCGACUACCUUACGCAACCGUAUCAAGACCGCAACAAGCCUGAACGUAUCGAAUCGAACAUGGAACGAUCGCAACAAUCCCUAAUGGAGAAACCACACCUAAUCGACAAACCGUGGUACUACGGCAGCAUCACACGGAACGUCUGCGACAAUCUCCUCAACCAGAAGGGCCACGACGGUGAUUUUCUCAUACGGGACAGCGAAACUAACGUUGGAGAUUAUUCCGUCUCGCUCAAAGCACCUGGUCGCAACAAACAUUUCCGGGUUCACGUGGAGGGUGCGCUCUACUGCAUAGGACAACGAAAAUUCCACACGCUUGAUCAGCUGGUCGAUCAUUAUCAGCGUGCCCCCAUUUAUACCAACAAGCAAGGUGAAAAACUUUAUCUAGUGCGUCCGUUGCCGAAACCCUCGAAUGGUUAAUAUUCAUUUUUAAACGAGCCAAGUGAACUCUCUAGUAAGGAAUAUGUAUCAUUUGCGUGAGUAUAUUAUUUUUUUAACGUAACCGUAGGUUAUAUUUUAGUCAAAAUAUAUUACGGAAACCGAUCUCACAGGAAAGCUGGAUUUUUAGGCGAGAUGGUGUUCAAGAGCUGGCCUAAUAAUUGACACAUCUAUUUGCAUUCUAUUUGCAAGUAUUUCAUUUUAUUACAAAUGAGUUUCUCUGUGCAGAUUUUUAAAUAAUCAAUCGACGUGUUUAUCGAAAAUAACACUUUCGUAUACCAUUAAGUCAAUCAUCUUAAUAUAUUAGGUGUUGAUAUAACAUUACAAAUAAAAGCGACACAAAUAACAAAUGGAUUACUACUAAGAAUCAUUAAUUAAUCAUAUCCACUUACGUCACUGCCUCACAGCCGUAUUUUUACAUUCCAAUACAGCUUUCAAAUAAAAAAUUUCUAGUACAAUAAGUUCAUUCUGGUGGCAGCUUGAAUUCCAGAAAUUUAUCUAAAGCUUAGCUAUAUUAACUAAAUAUUUAUUGUCUAAAAACUGGUUCUGUGAGACCUGUUCUCUAGUUAUUUAGAAAACCCAUGUAUAUCUGGUCAUUUAUUUGUAAAUAUUAUGUAAGUUAUUACUAUCAAAGUUAGUUACAUGUUAAACCUACUACUACAGCAGCUUUACCCUGUGUUAAAUUCAAUACUCACAUUUUACGUCUACAUACAUAGAAAACAACGUUUUGUACAUAAAUGUUUUAACAUGUUAUCUUGUAAUUAUUGAAUAAGAAUAAUUUUAAGAAUGCUAUUUUAAUUAAUUUUUUUAACCAAGAGCUUCAUUCAAGACAACAUUUUAAAACAUUUAGUAUUAAGUAAAUGACCACCACUUGUGUUAAUUGUAUCCUAAAGCAUUUGAAAUACGUGAGAAAUUGUUUAAAAAACCUAUAUAAAUUCUUUAAGUAGACUAUUAGUGUGAUAUGGGUGUUCCUCAUAUGAGGGACAUUAGAUAUUGAAGUCAUUUUCAUCAUAUAUUUAUUGAAUCAUAUCAAUGAACUUGUGUAAUAUAUUAGCUUCUUGCUAUGGUCGGAAGUUUUAAAAGUGAUGGCGAACUGUUGAACUUUACUAAAGAAAUUUUGAGUGGUAAACGGAGAAGUGGAGUGUUUUUUACGAUUUUGUAAGCUGUAAUUAAGUAAACAAAUGUGUAUUGUAGGUAACCCUUUGAAAUUAUAUGUAUAUGGAUUUUAAUAUUGCUGUAUUGAGAUGUUUGGUUUGACAAAAAAAAACUGUGAUUAAUGGAUUUUAUUAAUUUUUGCCAAUAUAAACUAAAGUCUAGCUUAUGUCAAUAAUUUAUAUAAAAAAGUGUUUUCAAGUACAAAAAAGUAUAUCAGAAAAUGAUUUAUUUACUUUAAGAAAUUGUAUUAUAAAAUGCAGUCAGUCAAUAGUCAAAAAUUUAAAUUUAUACAUCACAUUGCGUUUUGUCAUUUUUUAUUAUAAAAGCAUUCUAAACAAUAUGUUAAUAAUUUAAUAGCCAUAUUUGAUAGUUAAAGAUGGUUAGUGACAGUGACUUAGUUAAUAUUUUAAAGCUUAUGGAUGCUAAUGUGACAAAAUCUGUCCUUAAAUUUACGAACAUAUGUAAAAUAUACUGUAUGUUUAAAAGUAUGUGGAUAUUUCUCAAUAUACUUAAUAAUAAAUUUG